GCCUGGAGCCCCGUGUCUGACCGCGACAGCAGCUUCAUGAGCCAGCAGGAUGCCGCUGAGGUCCUCGCACUCUCCGAGCGCCUCCUUAUAGCUUCACACAAGGGACAAGCUGACAAUGUGGUCCAGCUCAUCAACAAGGGCGCAAAAGUAGCCGUCACCAAGUAUGGCAGAAGCCCCCUGCACCUGGCUGCCUACAAAGGCCACACUGAGGUCGUGCGUAUCCUGCUCAAAGCUGGCUGCGACCUGGACAUCCAAGACGACGUGAGUAGACUCCUCUUCCUGUUCGCUGCGGCGGCCAUGCUUCCACUUCUCAUCCACUUCCAGCUCUUGCACUGCAGUCUGAUCGCUGGUUACCAGUGGAACGCCUAUCUUUUUGCUCCUAGUACUAUUUUGUUAGGAUUUUUUUUUAGACUUUUUUUUAACACAAAGAUAAGUGUAGCCUAAUGACCUCCAGUGUCCUGGAAUGGGACCCUUUGGACUGCCCACUUGUGGGUUUGCCCUCAGGAUGCAAGUCCCCCUUUCCCACUGAUAGCGAUCUCUGGCGGUGCCAAAUUCCUUCUCUGUGGUCAAUGAGCUCCGCAACAGGCCCCAGCACAUCCUCCUGGACUGGAGGGAGCGGGAGGUGCAGACUGAGGCAGGAGCAGGAGAAGCAGGAGGAGAGAAGACAGUGGAGCAGGGCUGGGAGAGUGCCUGGAGGAGGAUCAGGGAGAGUGAAGGAGGGGGAGCAGACGGCGCUACAGCGGGCUGCUGUGGUGGGAAACAGCGACGUCAUCAGCGCUCUCAUCCAGGAAGGGUGUGCACUAGACAGACAGGACAAGGAAGGCAACACAGCUCUCCACGAGGUGUCCUGGCACGGCUUCAGCCAGUCUGUCAAGGUGCUGGUGAAGGCUGGAGCCAACGUUCACGCUAAGAACAAGGCAGGACACACAGCCCUCCACCUUGCAUGUCAGAACGGUCACGCUCAGAGUUCCAGGAUUCUGCUCCUGGGAGGCUCCAGGCCCGACACCACGAACCAUGCGGGGGAUACGUGUCUACAUGUGGUGGCCCGCUACAACCACGUGGCUGUGAUCCGCAUCCUGCUGGGGGCCUUCUGCUCCGUGUCAGAGAAGAACCUGGCUGGGGACACACCGCUACACGUGGCUGCUGCUCUGAAUCAUAAGAAGACGGUGCGUCUGCUGCUGGAGGCCGGGGCAGACAGCCACAUCUGCAACAAUGCAGGUCACACAGCUUUGGAUGAGGCUAGAGAGAACAACAACCCAGAGGUGGCUCUCCUGCUGACCAAAGCCCCCCAGGUGCAGAGCUUUAUGCGUGGCCGGAGUGUGAGGAAGAGGAGAGACAAGCUGAAGGCCGAGGGCCGAGCUCAGUCUGUGCCCAGAGAUGAGAUGCUGCCCUGUAAGGACAGCGCCUCUGCUGCAGAAGACACCCAGAGCAGUGACCGAGCUGGCUGCAAAUACGCCGAGGUGUCCCCGGUCAACGCCAGGACGGGACGGAACAGGAAGCAGAAAGAGAAACCGUCUCUGUCCGACCCCCUGCGCCGCAGAGUGACCAGACACAGCGAGAGGAAAGGCAAACUGCCAGGAGCAUCCAUCCCUCCACAUAACUAUAAAGCCUAUCAGCUGUACACGCUGUACCGCGGCAAAGAUGGCAAGAUCAUGCAGGCUCCGCUGAACGGCUGCCGCUGUGAACCUCUGAUCAGUAAACUGGAAAACCAGCUGGAGGCCACCAAGGAGGAGAUGAAGACUGAAAUCCACACGGUCCAAGACCUGAUGAACAGCAAGAUGGGCCAGCUGGACCAUAAGAACAAACACCAGAUCCGAGCUCUGGAUAAGAUAACAGUGGAGAGGGUGUCGGCAGAGAGGAGCGAGUGUGUGCAGAGGAUCGAGCAGCGGGCCCUGCAGGAGAGGCUGGAGGCUGAGAAGAGAGAGCAGGCGUCCCUGGUCCGUGAGCUGAAAAGCUGGUGUCUGUCCAAGCUGCAGAACAUGGAUCUUGGCUUGAAGGAGGAGCCCGGCAGCACCAGGCUGCAGCGCUGCUCAUCUGUGGCCGAGGGCCUGGAUGGAGCCGGCGUCACUGUGGGGCCCUCUGGCUCCCAGUGCCCGGAGCUCCACACCAGCCCUGUCCUCCUGUCCUCUAGCAGGGAGCAGCCCAGUGCGGCCGAGGGCGGCUCAGCCAACCACUACUUUGUGGUUCAUGUGGAGAGCUCUCCAGACGGUGAUAAGAACCAGAAUGCACCAACCAGGAGCCCACUGUCAUCUGUCCCGGUGGUUCGGCCAAAGGAGCGUCCUGUGCUCUGUGCCGACUCCCAGAGGAAGAAGCAGGACCUGCAGGACCUGCAGCACGGGGACAUGGUGGAGUACGGGGCGAGGGGGGGCAGCAGCCUGUCUCCGGCCACAGAGCGCCGCUGUAGCAGCAGGACUGGGGACAGGGAGCGAGGCCGGGACAGAGGGAAGCUCCACAAAAAGCAUUCCCGGGGAAGGACUAAGUCCAAAGGGGCCAAGGGGGCCACAGGGGCUACAGUGGCCGCAGAAGGGGCCACAGGGGCCAGAACUCUAGAGGUAUUUGGAGAGAAACCCAGUGAACCCUCCUUUGCCCAGGAGAAGGACAACAUGCACGCUCUGGAGGUGACCCAGUACUUCUUUGAGGCGGUGUCAACGCAGAUGGAGCGCUGGUACGAGAGGAAGGUGCAGGAGGCGCGCUGGCAGGCGGAGCAGCGGGCGCAGGCUGACAGAGCCGCUCUCACCCAGAGGAUCAGCUACCUGGAGGACGAGCUGCGUAUGCUGAGGACUAACAGACACGAGGACUGUUAACACACAGCGCAUCUGUCAGCACCAGGCUGCAUGUGGACAUGUGGACAAACACUCCGGCAGGAAAUACGGCAGCGCUUACUUGUGUGGAACUAAACCAGUGGAUAUGAAGCUGUGUGUCAAAAAAUGUAUCUACUGUGCCAUUUUAAUAUAGAUCCACUACAUCAUGUCGAACAGCAACACACACACACACACAC